CGGCGCGGCUCCUCCGGGGACAAGGUGCAGCUGGGCGCUUUCGGAAAGGAGGAAGUGCAGGAACGGCGGCGCGACGGGGCCCGCGGCAUGAGGGGAGUUGAGAGCAGCAAGGAGGACGAGGACGAGGCGCCGGGCUGCCGCGGCGCCGCGCUACCCAGCGCGAGGUCUGGCCGCGCUGCGGCGUAGUGCUCCGCGGUGGGCGUUGGCCGCAGCCCCCCUCGGGUGGACGCCCCCUUCCGGGCCUCGUGGCCCGGGCGAUGGCCUGGCGAGGCUGGCACUGGCUGAUCUGCAGCUGCCUUUUCUGCUUAGUACAUGGAAUGGUUCCAGAACCUCAAAAUGUAAGAAUUCAUUCACUAAUGUUUGAUAGCAUUCUCCAAUGGGAUCCACCUAAUUUUCAUGAAGGAAAUGUGACUUACACAGUUCAAUAUAAGCAACUUAAUAAAUUCAUUGACCUGUGCAAAAGAAUUGACUUCACAGAGUGCAAUAUUACAAGUAUACCUAUAUAUGGUUCAACCAAUGUAAGAGUUAGAACUGAAUUUGAGGAUAAGCCAUCAUACUGGAUAAACAUUACUUUCACACCAUACACAGACACAAACAUUGGGCCACCUGCUGUACAGAUUGGAACCACGAAACCUGGGGUCUUAAAUGUACAGCUUACUGACCCCUUUUUUAUACGUGAUGGCAGCAAGUCUUCCUUACGGGAUUUGUAUGGUUCGAUACUUUACAGGCUGCUAAUAUGGAAAAAAGAUGGUGGCGAGCAGGUUAGAAAUGAGAGUAUAAAUCAUACUUUUCAAAGAAUAUCUGACUUGGAUCCUGGUACAAAAUAUUGUCUUAAAGCUCAAGCAUUUAUUGAAGGAUUGGAUAAAAGUGGAGAGUGGAGUGAAGAUGUUUGUAUUAGAACAGCCAGCUCAACUAACACUGGCAUAAAUCCAGUGCAACUGACGAUUCUCCUGCUAUCAGUGUUGAUAUCACUAGCUUUCUGCUGCUUUAUUAUUUUUCGUGUUUAUCGUUGCACCAAAUAUGCCUUCUUUCCCUCAUAUUCUUUGCCACAGCAUUUCAAGGAGUUUUUAAGCAAACCAUCUUACAGUUCACAGUUUCUUUCAUCCCAUUCACAAGGAGAAGAUCAUGACUACGACAAAAUUAUUGUACUUUCAGAAGAGUUAAGAGAUGGAAAUAAUGUAUCUGAAGAGCAACUGAGCGAUACAAAGGACCAGUUUCAAAAAUCUCAAGAAAAUGCCUCUAGGCCAAAAGUUGUUCCUGACUGUAUGCUUUUGGAAUACCCCUAAAACUGGAAGGAAUAAUAUACUUCACUCUUAGGUGCUUCUAAAGCACUUUACAUUUUGCACAUUACAGAUAUCAAAACUUAUCUGUAUGAACAGUUAUAUAUUCUACUGUAAGAAACUUGUUUGUACAGUUUUUCUAUUUUAAGUGUUUAUUUAUAAAUAUACCAAAGCUUUACUUGGAACGACAUGCAGACAAAGUAACGAAUAAGAAAUUUCCAUUCAAAUGACAGUAAAAUGUCAAAGAACAUAAGCAUAUACAUAGUCACAAAGUUUGAUGCAGAAACAGAUAUCCAUGUAAGCAGACUUCUGUGAAGAUAUCACUUGUUGGAUCAAGAACCAUCAGUGUAUAUUUGAAAUGCAUUUGGUGCAGAUGGUGUAUACCUGCACAGCUUUGCCUUCAAUGUGAUCUGACAGACUUCCCAACAAUACAUACACAAGGUUGUGCAGAGGUUUAUCCAAGCUGGAAAGGCCCACCAGGACCUGGGAAGAGGAAGAACUGAAUCUACCUGCUAGUUCUUCUCAUCCUGCCACUGAAGAGUAGAUUCAUGCUAUUACUGUUGAAUAAAUAAGACUUAGCACCUGGGCUGAGAUUUCAGCCUGGGGAAACUUAAACAACAGCCUUCUGCUAACUGAACAUGUAGCUGAAGUCAAUAGGGACUACCUAAGUUACUCAUGGCUAAUGUGCAAUACUAUGCAUGUUUAGAUACCAGGGAAAUGUUGGGAGUUGCAGGAUUCUUUUCACCCCAACAUGCAUAGGAUUGCUUCCUAAAUCUCAUUUCAGUAGAACUUCAGCCUUGGAGCAGGGGUCUCAAACUCGCGGCCCGCGGGCCAAUUGCCAGGAUGGGCGGGGCACAGGGGAGGGGCCCU